UUUGCAUCUGGAUCUCUGGUGCUGUGGCGAUCAUCUACACUGUGCUUGGAGGUCUCUAUUCAGUUGCUUACACUGAUGUUGUGCAGCUAUUAUUGGUGUUUUGUGGCUUGUGGCUCUGUGCUCCCUUUGUUCUGGCAAGUGAUGUUUAUACUGACAUCACUCAAACAGCAGUCAACCACACAUAUCAGGCUCCCUGGCUUGGCCACAUCGAGUCUCAUGAAGUUUGGACGUGGGUUGAUAAUUUCCUAGUAAUGACUCUUGGAAAUUUGGCGUUUCAAGACUUUCAUCAAAGGACUCUCUCCUCCAGCUCCACAUCUACAGCCAGAGUGAUCUGUUUCAUAGCAGCAGGUGUGGUCAUUGUUAUUGGGAUCCCACCUAUACUGAUUGGUGCCGUCGCAGCUUCAACAGAUUGGAAUAUGACCACAUACAGGUCACCUUCUCCGUAUGAGCGAGGAAAGGCGGCCAUGGUGUUGCCCAUCGUCCUUCUCCAUCUUACCCCAACUGCUGUUUUUGUAAUUGGCAUGGGAGCUAUUGCCGGCGCUGCAAUGUCGUCGACUGACUCUUGCCUGUUGGCAGCAACUUCCAUCUUUACCACCAGCAUCUACAAAGCCAUCAGACAUCAGGCAUCAGAUAGAGAGCUGCAGUGGGUGAUUCGCUUCUCCAUAGUGAUUGUAGGGAUUGUGGGAACUUCUCUCACCUAUCUGGAUGACAACAUCAUGACAUUGCGUUAG